AGUGUCAAUCCGCCUUCUGAUCCAUCUCGUACGACAUGCCCGCCGCGCAUCAAGAACCGCCGUCUGAGGCCUCCCCACUCCUGCCGGGGUCUUCCGCAGCCUCUCACUCUUCUCGGAAACCAAUCGACCGAGAAGAUGAAGUCAUCUCCGUCUCGAGGGGGACCGUCAUGGUCGUCUCUCUUGGCCUUAUCGUCUUCUUGCAGGCUUGUAACUUUUCUCUACUCACCACCACCCAGUCAUCGAUAGCUGCAGAUCUCGAUGCUUUUGAGGAAGCCACUUGGUUUACUUCUGCGUACUUGGUGCCCAUGUCCAGCAUCACGCCUCUUGCCGGCCGCCUGAGUCAGAUUUUCUCCCCUCGUAGCUGUAUAUUCACAGCGAGUGCUUUGUUUUCCAUGGGUGGGCUAAUCACUGCAUUCGCACCUACGGUUGAGUGGUUUCUUGUUGGACGCGCUGUGACUGGCGUAGGAGGGGCUGGGAUCUUCUCUCUCGUCAUCAUCAUUGUUCUGCAAAUGGCUGGACACGAGCACAGAGGCCUCUAUUUGGGAAGCAUCAACAGUGUCAUCACGACUGGUGUUUCUCUCGGUGCAGUCUUGGGUGGCGCUAUUGAGCCUAGGUUGGGAUGGAGGUCUGUUUUCUGGCUCCAGACUCCACUGGCGGUAGUCGCAGGAGUCGCCAUCUUCCUCAGCAUACCAGCAAGCCUGGGUGCAAGGAAAGAUGAUUCGCGGACGCUUUCUCAGAAGCUUGCUCAGAUUGAUUAUUUGGGAGCUAUAACACUUACUGCAUCCAUUACCUCCCUUCUCAUCUCCCUUUCCGGCCCAAAAAUCCUUUUAAUCCCCCUCAUCCUUUCAUUGAUCCUUAUCCCCACCUUCAUAACCAUCGAGCUAUACUUCGCCCGGGACCCUAUCAUCCCGAUCUCGCUCUUGAAGUCACGCGGCACACUACUCACAUGUCUUGGUACGCUCGGCUUCAUGAUGGCACGUUGGUGUGUCCUCUUUUAUACGCCCGUUUACGCUAUCGCCGUACGAGCAUGGGCGCCGGCAGCUGCGGGUUCAAUCUUGAUCCCCACCAACGCCGGCUUUGCUAUUGGCGGCCUCCUCGCCGGCUGGAUCCACAUCCGACGCGCCGGAAGCUUUUACCUGCCCUCCCUAAUAGCCUACGCCCUCUUCCCAUUGACUCUUCUUUUCCUUGCCUUUACCACCACGCGCGCUUCCCCUGCCCCAGCCCUCCUUGCCGCUGCAUUCAGCAACGGCCUCGUCACUGGCGCCGCCGUCAACUACACCCUCGUACAUGCGCUGCACCUGACCCCAACGUCCACGCACUUCGUCCUUACGGCUCUAGUCGCCACAUUCCGCGGUUUCGCAGGCUCUUUUGGCGCUGCGCUCGGCGGCGGCGUCUUCGCGCGUCUGCUGCGGCCUGCGCUGGAAAAGGGAUUCAAGAAUUUGCCUAACGGAGGAGGAGGUGAACAGAGCAGGGCGAGGCUCGUGAGGGUGCUGAUGGGAAGCCCGGCUAUGGUACCGCGUUUAGGAGAUGCGGAGAGAGAGGUUGCAGUGGGUGCGUACGAGGGUGCGUUGAGGGGAUUGUGGGUCGCGGCUGCGGGUUUGGCGGUGGUGGUUGUGUUUGUGCAGGCUGGAACGGGGUGGGUGGGGCAUAGGGAGGGGGAUGAAGAGGGCGAUGAGCAAGGGCAUGAGAGUGAGAGUGAGGAAGAGGAGGAAGAGGUUGCGGCGGCGGGCACAGCGUAGAUGAUGAUGUGGUUGGUAAGUAGGUUUGAGUUGGUUGAGUGUGAUAGGGUUAGCCUAAUGUGUUGACAAAACGUGUUUUAAGACGUCGAAGCAAUUCACAUCAAAAGAUAACAACGAUUGGAUCACGCAGAAAAGUACUUCAAUGCGUUUCUAGAGCAGAUAGGAAGUACAGGCCCCACUUUGGCUUACUGUCCAUUAUUGACCUUAUUACGCGUG